AUUUUAUUAAUCUUCCUAGAAGCUAGUAUUUAGCCAACCAAUUCUCUACACAUCUCGCUUCCCUCUCAUGAAACAAUUUAUAAGGAUUAGGACUAAUCACUGACUUAAUCAAACAAAAAUCUCUUUUGAGGUUUAAUUGCACUAUUUUAAAUAAUGGGAGUGUCUUGGGGCUUCUUCGCCACCAACUUUAGCCGAGUAAACUUGUCUUGAAGUGCUGUAUGUCUCUACUUUUUGUCAACUUCUAUUUACUCAGUCACCACCUCUUGUAGUUUAUUACAUUUUCUAUACCUGUUUCUUUCAGAAGCAAUAAACUUUUCUUAGGCCGGUCAUUGGGUUGCUCUCAUUCUUCUUGUAUCUGUACCAUUGCUCUUGUUUUACUCUGUACCCCUGGACGGCCACUGCUAUUUUCUUCGCCCACCUGAGUAAACCCACUUCAGAUUCGAUCAGAUGAUCUUCUUUAACUCCGUUAGCAUUUACUGUACUCUCUGGAAUAUUAUUACAACAUGGUGGGUCUCCUUCUAACUGCUCUUUUACUGCACUUUCUUCCUCAAUUUUCUUGUCUAUCUCCUGAUGAAGCCUCCUUCAGUCUCUCCUACAAUGGAGGGAGGGUAAUGACUGAACCAGUGGCUGUUUCUCUUCUAUGGUUUGGUACUGGAUGGCAAGAGUCUGGUAGAGAAGCUAUUCGAAAUGCCAUAGCUUCUGUAACUGCCUCUGGAUACCCAAAUGAAGAUUCUGAGGUACCCACAUUAGGAAACUGGUGGGAGAUCAUUAGACAGUAUAAAGAUGGUUCGGGUACUCCUGCAACAGGCAGAGUAGAUGUUGGUGCAGAAUGCUUCUACACCGGCCCCCAGCUCAACAUGACUCAAGACCAGGUACUUGGUAUCGGAAUGGCUGUUUUUAAUGAGACUGCAGUCAAUGGAUUUGGUGGGAACCUGAACUGUACUCGGGUUUUUGAAGUGAGCGAUAAGAGUAUUUAUCACAUCGUGUUUUCCCACACUGUCAUGUUCUUGGAUAGAAGGGAGCAGAGGGAACUAAUGGAUAGGUGCAGUGGGGAGUUGCAGGUAGAGGUGUCUGCAAGCAACAUGGUGAAAAUGGUAUGGGCGAGAGCCCCUCAAAACAUCAUUGAUCAGUGCUCAAUGUUUUUCCAUGCCAAGUCUUAUUUGGGUCCCCCAAAUGGGGAUGAAAAGAUAGAUAGCUUGGUAGGACAUAUGCUGGCCAACAUCGCUAAGGAGGUUACCAAUGGGGAUGGAAAAGGAUGGAUCGGUAACGAUGGAAGUGGAAUGACAGUCAGUACCACUUGUGCUUUCAUGUUCAAACGAGACGAAGAGGGUCCUCCACUAUUCAUGAAUGAAGAAAAGACCCUAACUUUUAAUGCAGUUGGAGUCAAUGGUUAUAGAUAUACGGUGCCAUACAUUUGGGACCAGAAAAUCAGAAACUGUGCCUUGAAACCCUCGGAGGUGUGUGGAAGUGAUGGUCUGAUGUUCAGAAAGCCAAAAGGGCAUUUGAAUGCAGGAGUGGUGGUAAAUCACACAAAUGGUUUGCAGCCUUACGCCCCAAAUCAGAAGUGUCAAUGGAAAAUCGAGUUUUCAUCUGCAAAGUUCAUCAGUUUCACCUUCAACUACCUCCUGGUUGCAGCAGGUAGUGAUGAUCAUGUCAUGAUCUGCCCCUCGGAUUCAAAACCCACAAGGUGCACUGUGUUUCAAACAGAUGAUGAACAGUCACUCACAGACUUCAGGAUCUUUGGUUCAAAAGCUUAUAUCGAGUUUGUGAGUGGCGAACACGUAUCGUCAGAGUCGAGAGGAUGGGAGCUCAGAUAUUCUGCAGGUCUCUGCGAUGGAAAGGAAGAUGUUUAUGAUCAUAAAGGUGUAAUCGGCUACACUUCAUCUACUGGCUUUUCCUACGUAGAAGGACUUCGUUGCCAAUGGGUUCUUCAUGGAAAACCAGGGACUCUUGUAUCAUUGAACUUUACCCGUAUCAACAUCUCAAAAGAUCUGGAUUUCCUUGCUAUACAUGAUGGCCUGAUGCAGCAGAUUGCUAACUUCUCUGGGUUUUACUCAGGUUCUAGUCUCCCUCGAAUGAACUUGAUGGGUGAGAUUAUGGUUGCAUUUUCCAUCCAGACAGAUGCAGGAGCAGGUUGGUCAGCUGAUUUUUACAUAGCUUCACCUGCUGAUCGGAACAAAAGACCCUUGCUUGUCAUUGUUGCUGUUGUCCUGGUGGUUGUUGGAAUCGGCUUCUUGCUUGCUUUGGUAGGAUUAUGGUUACUUAGGAAAAGAAAGCAUACAAACAGGGCCGACUCAAAUGAGAACCUUACAGUGAUAAGAGUAGCGGUUAAUGGGCAUCAGAAUCAAAUUGGGGAAGGGCCCUCUGCAACCGUUUACAGAGCAGAUUUAGCAGAUGGGAGUUCAGUAGCAGUCAAAUCUCCAAGAGAGGUGACUUCUCAAACAAAACUAGAAGAGGAGGUUUUGCUCAAAUCCUCUUGUCACCCCAACAUUAUUUCCCUAAUUGGGUAUGCUGAGGAUGGAGUUCAGAGACGAUAUUUGGUGUUUGAGUUCAUGGGGAGGGGAAGUUUGAACUGGAACUUGAGGGAAAGAGGAGAAACACUGCAGUGGGAGAAGAGGUUAACAAUAGCCUUACAAAUCUCCUCAGCAAUCCAAAUGCUGCACAUAUACUUGCAGCCACCUGUAUACCAUGGAAAUAUAAAAUCUGAAAACAUUCUUCUUGACGAGUUCUACAAUGCAAAAUUAGGAGGGUUCGGCACUGCAAACUAUUGCAAAAACGAUGGGAUAAAUCCGGAAAAACCAUCAGAAAUGGCAGAAGAUAUUUCGAGUUUCGGACUCGUGUUAGCUGAGCUGCUAAGAGGGGAGCCUCUGUUGAAUAGACAUGCUUCGGAAUUUUUCAGGAGUCUCAAAGAAUUUAAUGAGCUAGAUGGGGGCGGCCAAGAGUGCCUUGAUCCAAAGUUGGAUAUUCCCAAGGAAGAAUGCAAGAUAAUGAGUUUGGCCAAGUUGGGUGAAAUUGCAAAAUGGUGCAUUGGUGGAAGCCAGGAAGUUGGAGGAGAUCAAGCUACUCCCACUAUAGGUGAUGUUGUGUUGGGUUUGAAGCAGGUAAAGCAAUUGUUUUUCUCAGUCCCAAGCUAAGUAGGGAGCGAAGGAAAACUGGCGCAAAGCAGUGCCUCAACAGAUCAUAAAUAUUAAGAGCCUUACGUUUAUGUAAUAUUUACUGUUCUAAGGCGCUUUCUUCUCAUAUACCUGUAUAUUUUCUAGUACAGUACCUUUUUUUUUUCCUUUCCUUCUCAAGUUUUGGACUUCCAUUUCGCAUCACAUUUUGUAUCUGGCUAGCCUCUGUUCAGAAGUUGAAACACUCCUACUUGACAUCACAACAUAUAUGCAUUUCACGGAA